GUCUGUGAUGGACAAAGAAACUGCCCCGAUGGAUUUGAUGAAAAUGGCUGUGCAGUCCAUUGUGAAAACUCAAAUGACUUCUUGUGCAGCGACCAGAAAAAGUGUAUCCCUGGAAUGCAAGUGUGCGACGGCCGUGCCCAGUGUCCCGACGGCUCUGACGAGAAUCGCUGUCAAUCACCAAAUCCUGCUGCUACCUCCUCUGUUGACGUCCUUAUGACCAGAUCGACCCCUCUGAAGUGCCGCAAUGGUUUUAAGCUGUGCAAGGAUGGCCUGGACUGUGUUAUGUAUAGCCACUUAUGUGAUGGAGAAAAGGACUGCAAGGAUGGGUCAGAUGAAGAAGGAUGUGCUGUUCAGUGUAAAGCAGCGGAGUUCCAGUGUUCUCAUGGGAAAAAAUGCAUCCCACAAGAGCAGGUGUGUGAUGGGCAAAACGACUGUCAGGACCGAUCUGAUGAAAUUAACUGUUCAACUAUGACUGAGGGCUGCCAUCAGCGCUGUGAUAACGAUACUCGCUGCAUACCAAAGAGCUUCCUGUGUGAUGGAGAGAGAGACUGCGCUGAUGGGUCAGAUGAAGAAAAGUGUGGUUUGGUAACCUGUGUGACUCACCAGUAUCGCUGCGCUAGCGGUCAGUGCAUAUCUGAGGCUCUGAGAUGUGAUGGAUAUGCUGACUGCGGUGACGGCUCUGAUGAGAUGCACUGUUCAAAACCCCCACGCUGCCUCACGAAGCUCCGAUGCCCACACAGUCAUAAAUGUUUGCAGAAAGAGUGGCUCUGCGAUGGUGAAGACGACUGCCAAGAUGGCUCAGAUGAGAAGAACUGCAGUACUCCUCCAGUGAAGUGCUUGAAGUUCCAGUGGCAGUGUGGAGACAGCAGUCAAUGUAUUCCACUGUCAUGGAGAUGUGAUGGGAAGGAGGACUGUUACAAUGGCAUCGAUGAGACAAAAUGCAGCCAGAGAAAAUGCCCUUCUCACCUUUACCAGUGUGACAGUGGAGAGUGUGUGAACACCAACCUGGUGUGUAAUGGCAUCACUAACUGUGCUGAUGGCUCAGAUGAGGGUACAAAAUGUGUGCAAUACAGCUGUUCCACUCCAUCAGCUCCUUUCUGUGACCACCACUGUGUCAGCACCCCUUAUGGACCGAAGUGCUACUGUGCUGCAGGUUUCAGACUGUCAAGCACCAUGGACUGCGUGGACAAUGACGAGUGCGUUUCAGCACCUCAUGCCAUAUGUAAACACAUCUGUCUGAACACCCGUGGAUCCUACAGCUGUCAAUGCCACCCUGGCUUCUACCUGGAGCCUGACAACAAAAGCUGCAAGACAAAAGAUGAGCCCUUGCUUCUGGCAUCCGUGCAGUCACAGCUGUUCUUGCUGGGAGUCCAUAGUGGCACAUUACAUCUUCUCCUCUCUACCAGUCGGCCCGCCUUCUCACUGGAUUAUCACUGGGUUCAACAGAGAAUUUACUGGCUGAGCACAGACUACCAGAGCAUCCGCUGGGUUGACAUGGAAAACCCAACCAACAGAGGAAACCUGGUCAAAGGUGUGAAGUCAGAUUUUAUCGCAGUGGACUGGGUUGGUAAGAAUCUAUACUGGGUGGAUGGCUUGGUUGGCCAAAUUCUGGCAGUGAAACUCAGCAAUACCACAGUGAGGUCUCAGGACUGCACCGUGGUCCUGGGUGAAGAUCUGGAGCAGCCAAGCUCCUUGGUCCUGCUGCCACACAAAGGGUUGAUGCUGUGGUCCGAGAUUGGCAGCACCCCUCAGAUUGAGCAGUCUGGGAUGGAUGGUUCAGGGAGGAAGGUGGUGGUGAGCCACAGUUUGAGCUGGCCAGUCAGCUUGGCCUAUGACCUCCUAGAUAACAGAGUGUACUGGGCAGAUGAGAAGUUGCGCUGCAUAGGCUCAGCCUCACUGGAUGGAGACGACAUCAAGAUCCUCCAGUUGGCUGAAACGCCAAACCCUUUCUCAGUGGUGGUCUUCAAUGAUCGUGUUUUCUGGUCUGACACAAAGAGAAGAGUCAUACGCUCAGCUGACAAAAACACUGGGAAAGAUCAAAAGGUUGUUCUGAAGAGACCGGGACAGCCAUUUGGAUUAAAGCUGAUGCAUGCCCUUUCACAGCCAGCUGUGUCCAGCCCCUGUGACCGUCUGCGCUGCUCCCAUCUCUGCCUUCUGGCCCCACCGUUGUCAGGCAGAUCUACUGCAUCAGGGUCACCGGAAGCUACUGCAGUUUGCCGAUGUCCGAAGGGUCUGCUGCUUUCCAAGGACAACAUCACCUGCUCUCGGCCCAGGGAUUCAUCUUUCAUCUUGCUCCUGUCUCGAAACACAGUCUAUCAGAUUUACUUGCGCUCCAUGCGACGGGAUGGUGUUGCCCUGAAAAAAAUGGCAAACAGCAGAGUUUUAGCUCUCCCCGAUGUAAAUGAAGCCAUGGGGCUAGAUGUCUCCAUCCAGGAGUUGUAUGUGGCGUAUGCAGGAUCUGUAGAUGUUCUAAAAUUGGGCAGCUCCAGGUCAAGACAAGGACUCACACCUGCUGGACAAAUCAUCAAGCUGAAGGAUGAUUCAGUCAUGGCUCUGGCAGUUGACUGGGUGACAUCUAACCUCUACUGGAGCAGCAGCUCAAGGCCCAGCAUCCAUGUGACAUCCCGCCAUGGCGGCUACACUACGUCACUGCUGCAAGGAUCGCUGACGGCUACCACAUCCAUCGCGCUACACCCACCCUCAGGUCAACUUUGCUUCACAGCAGUGGUUGUGGCAGGUGGGGAGAGCCAGAUUGAGGUGGAUUGUGCCUGGAUGGAUGGCCGUAACAAAAUGGUGCUGUGGAGGAAGUCGAAGAUCCCCAUCUCCCUGGUGUUCUCCAAUAAGGGCACCAGAAUCUACUGGGCUGACACUGAUGGAGUGAUCAGCUCCAUUGGAGUGGAUGGAAAAGGUUAUAAACAGUUUAAGGCAGGCCCUGAUCUGAUUAUCUCCUUCACAUAUACUGAGAACAUCCUCUUCUGGGUCACCCAGGGAAAAGAUGUGACCAGAUUAUGGUUCAGUGAUGGCCUCCAGCCUAAACAACUGUGGUUUGAGACGAAGACCAGCGUAGUGGAACUCAGAGCUUACAGCAAUGACAGCCAGUCGGGAAACAAUGGCUGUUCCAAAAACAAUGGUGGGUGUGUCCAUCUGUGCCUGGCCUAUCCCGGAGGCCGGACGUGUAGAUGUGGGCGUGGCUUCUACAGCAUAAAUGUCACUUCCUGUGCCCCAGUCCCUCCUUGUCCCCCUGGAGAAGAAUCCUGCUUUGACCGCAGAAAGUGUAUCAGCAGCAGCAAGUUCUGUGAUGGCCACGCCGACUGUCCAGACCAGUCAGACGAACAGGACUGUCCAGCUUCAAACUCUGCCUCAUUUGGGACCAAAGCCACUGAUGGCCACACUCCAGAGUUGUCGUCAUCAUCUUCUUCCCCCAAAGCCAACAAGAACGCUGUUUCAGUUAAAAACUCUGCAUCCUGUGAUUUGCAACGCUGCAGCAAUCACGGGAGCUGCAUCACGGAGGGCAAAGUCACUCGCUGCCAGUGUCUCUCCGGUUACAAAGGAGAGUUUUGUCAAGAGGAAGAAAGUCAAAGCCAUGUGGGGGUGAUCUUCGGUGUCUUCUGCCUCAUUGCAGCACUGAUAACUGCUGGUUUUAUUUUCACUAAAAGCAGGAGAGGGUGGGCGUUCAUCAAAAGCAGAUCCACAGACAAAGAAAAUCUGAUGGCCAACAUGAGUCUACCCUGUGAUCAUGAUUCUGACUCUGAGGAGGUGGAGUCCCCAGUUGACGGAAACCCUCCGGCACAGCUCCAAUAGCCUGCUCUGCAUACCCUGAGAGAUGAUGGCUGCUUAUCUGAUGCUGCAGGUGGUUGUGCAAGCUGUGGUCUCGGCUUUAUAACAACUUGGAAUUUCUCAGGUGUCACGUAAUGAUUUGU